GUCUAACUGAAUUUCUUGGAAAGGUGCAAUAUUGUUUCUAAGCUGCCUCUGGUGCAUCUUGUGGUAUGUACGAAUACACGUUGUGAAGGGGAGAAAUCUACAAGAAUGAGAGUUUGGGUGCUUAUAUUGAUCACAAGCCUCUUGGCGAUUGGAAGUGCUCGAAAGCCAGCUCCGCCGCAGCCUGUAUUCCAUGGUCAUUUUCGCAGUGAAAAUCAACGACUGAAAAUUGCGGACAAAAUAGCUCAUUGGUCGAAGAGGGACAAGACCAAUCCAUGGGAAUUGGGUGGUCUCUACCAAGGUGAUAUUAUGGAGGCUGACAAUCUCGAUACUCGCAGUGGAAUGGAAAACCCGGGUGCUCGAUGGCCAGGCGGCAUAGUGCCGUAUUACAUUCAAAAAGGAUUUUUCAAUGGACAUCAAAUUCGAAUAAUUCAUUCCGCAAUUAAUGAAUUUCAUAAACGCACUUGCAUCAGAUUCCGACCGUACAAAAAGGGUGAUUCUUCCUUCAUUGUGAUCAAGGGACAGAAAGGGGGCUGCUGGUCAUACAUUGGACGUGUGAGCAACCGUAGAAAACCAGGACAGCAAGUAAAUUUACAGAUACCGGGCUGUGUGCAUCGAGGAGUUGUCGUUCACGAGCUCAUGCACGCUAUCGGCUUUUACCACCAACAUAGUGCCGCCAACCGAGAUCGCUACAUUAAUAUUAUUUGGCACAACAUUAGACCAGGCAAGUUGCUGUAUCAUAGGUAAGUUAAAACUUUCCUCCCACAUAUUCUUACGUAAUUUAUUUUCAGCUGAUAAACACAAUUUUGACAAACGAAGGACAACAAAUUUUAAUGUCGGGUACGAUUACAAUAGCAUUAUGCAUUAUAGUGCUUUUGCAAUGUCCAAAAACAAGCAACCAACCAUUGUUCCUAACGACAAGAGAGCCAAAAUAGGACAAAGGCAAGGACUUAGUCGGAAAGACGUUAUGAAAAUUUCGAGAAUGUAUGGCUGUAAAAAAAGAAGGGGUAGAGCAUCCUCCUGAGAAUGACACAAUCACUGAUGAAAGGGUGAAAAUGGGAGUAUUGCGUCUGAUGAAUAAUAAGAUCAAACACUUGCAUACCAAACAACUCAAAUAUUAUCCAAAUAUACAAUGUUUGCAAGAGGGGCUAUUAGGGGCAACAUACUAUUGACAGAAUAUUAAUAAUAUUGAUAUUAAAUUAUUACUAAAUACAGUAGAUUAUUCACAUUAAUAAAAAGUAUAAAAUUUGUAAAUAAAUGUUACGUUUAUGUAAAACUCAACUGUGAAAUGUCUGCCUAUUACAAUAUUUCAAGAUUUUAAUAGAGCAAUUUUUAUUUUGUUUUACAAGCAACAAUGAGAAUUUUAACUCGGUGUGAAAUCUAAAAAAUCGAACGUCGAAAAUACAUUUCAAUUUACUUUAAUUAUUGAUUGUAUUACAAUAAAUUCACCAAAAAUAUAUCAGAUUUAACCAAACUUAAAACCUUUAAAUGAUUAAAUUUUUAAAUUUUCUAUCACUUAAACAUUUUUGGAUCGAAAAAAGAUUUGGUCAAUAAUUAAUACCAUCGGAUAAAACGAUAGGUUAGUUUACAUGAAAAUUGAGAUAUACAAUACAAAUAAUGUCAAUACUGUUGCACUGACAAUCAAUGAUAAAAAUAUUACUGCUCAUUCUUAUUUUUAACCUAAUAUGACUGUAAUACACCUAGUCGAAGACGAGAGUUUAUUCAUGUAAAAAAUGUAGUUUGAUUAAAUUAUAUAACUAACUUUA